CCCCGUGGGAAGUUUAAGGUUAACUUACUUUUAAAGUUAUAAAAGAGUCAUUUUUAUUUUAAAAUAGACUAAAAAAAUAUAGAGUCACAUAAAUUGAAUGGGAGGACUAUAAUUGAAGAAUUUUAACUAUGAUGGAACUCAAUUAAAACUCUAUGGCUUUCCUACAACAAUAAGCAUCACAAGGGUUUUAGGAGGGGUUUUCAGGAUUACGGCUUUUAACGGUUGUUUCUUUCCCAUGUUUACCCGCCGUCUAAUUCCUCCUAAAACCCUCUACACAGUCCCCUUACACCGGCAGUGGUUGGCACAAAAUCUCCGUUCAUUUCACAAUGCACGCCAAGUGUUUGAUAAAAGUCUUAAACCAGCUCUUGUUUCCAUUCACCAAUCCAUGCUCAAUUGGAUACACCAAAACUGUAAAAUUGAAGCUCUUAAGCUAUUCAAGAAUCAGCUCCAAAUGGGUAUCUCAGAAAUCGAUGAAGUUGCAAUAGCCUUAGCUCUAAAGGGUUGUCGUGAAAAUGUAAAUCUUGGGUCUCAAAUCCACAGCUUGGCCAUUACCAGUGGGUUCAUUUCAUUUACAACAGUCCCAAAUUCAUUAAUGAGCAUGUACUGUAAAAAUGGGCAUUUCAAUAAGGCAUUGUGUGUGUUUAAUGCCCUUGAUUUUCCUGAUAGAGUUUCUUAUAAUACCCUGCUUUCGGGUUUUGAAAAUGGUAAAGAGGCAUUGAGUUUUGCACUUUGGAUGCAUUCCAUUGGGUUUCUGUUUGAUGCUGUGAGUUAUACUACUGCUCUUAGUCAUUGCACGAACGAAGAGGAAUUUCGUUUUGGUAUCCAAUUGCAUUCUCCUGUUUUGAAGUUCGGAUUGGAGAAUGACGUUUUCGUUGGGAAUGCACUUGUGACUAUGUAUUCGAAGUGGGGUAGUAAUAUGGCCGAAGCUGAAAGAGUGUUUUAUGAAAUGUUGCAUAAAGAUUUGGUUUCGUGGAACGCAUUGCUCUCAGGCUAUGCACAGGAAGGGAGUUACUCGUGCCAAGCCACUUUGGGGUUUAGGGAAAUGAUGAAGGCAGGAGUGAAACCUGAUCAUGUGUCGUUCACCAGUGCUGUAUCUGCUUGUGGACAGGAAAGAUCUUUGGAUCUUGCGAAGCAGAUACAUGGUUUGGUUAUUAAGAUGGCGUAUGGUACUCACAUUUCAGUGUGUAAUGUUUUGAUAUCAUUGUACUAUAAGUGUGAUGUCACCGAAGAUGCAAAUAAGGUUUUCCAAAGUAUGACCGAACGUAACGUAGUGUCUUGGACGACAAUGCUUUCUAUGAAUGAUGAAAGUGCUGUAUCUGUUUUUAAUGGGAUGCGGAGAGAUGGGGUUUACCCUAAUCACGUUACUUUUGUUGGAUUAAUUCAUUCUAUAACUGUCAAGAGUUCGUUACCAGAGGGCCAAAUGAUUCACGGAUUUUGUUUAAAAAUGAACUUCUUCUCCGAACUAAAUGUUGCUAAUAGCUUCAUUAGCAUGUAUGCUAAGUUUGAAUUAAUGGAAGACGUGUUUAAAGUUUUUGAAGAGCUCGACCAGAGAGAUCUCAUAUCGUGGAACGCAUUGAUUUCUGCAUAUGCUCAAAAUGGAAUGUCUCGGGAAGCUUUACAAACAUUCUUGUCAGCAUCAAUGGAGUUGCCACCUAAUGAAUACACGUUUGGCAGUGUCUUGAGCGCAAUCGCCUCAUCUGAGUGCAUUUCUUUAAAGCAUGGCCAGCGAUGCCAUGCUUGUUUGAUUAAGCGAGGUUUCAACAGGAAUCCAAUUGUUUCAGGUGCUCUUCUUGACAUGUAUGCUAAACGUGGGAGUAUCGCUGAAUCUCGAGGAGUUUUCUAUGAGAUAGCUGACAGGAGCCAAGUUUCGUGGACUGCUAUUAUUUCUGCUCAUUCGAGGCAUGGAGAUUAUGAAUCGGUAAUGGCUUUGUUUAAGGAGAUGAAGAACAAAGGCGUGAGUCCAGACUCAAUAACUUUUCUUUCUAUACUAACAGCAUGUGGUCGAAAAGGGAUGGUUGAUAUGGGAGUAGAUAUUUUCAAUUCCAUGGUUAGAGAUUACUCCAUUGAACCAUCUUCAGAGCACUAUUCUUGUAUGGUGGAUAUGUUUGGUCGGGCGGGGAGGUUAAAGGAGGCUGAAAUAUUUUUGGCUCAAAUUCCAGGAGGACCUGGAUUGUCUGUGUUGCAAAGCUUACUUGGUGCAUGUAGGAUUUAUGGAAAUGUGGAGAUGGCAACAAAAGUAGCCAAUACUUUGAUUGCAUUAGAACCAGAGCAGUCAGGUUCAUAUGUCUUGAUGUCGAAUUUGUUUGCAGAGAAGGGGCAAUGGGAAAAGGUUGCAAACAUCAGAAAAGGAAUGAGAGACAAGGGAGUGAGGAAAGAGAUAGGAUUCAGCUGGGUAGAUGUAAUAGGUAGUAUUGAUUGUUCUUUAAAUUUGCAUGGAUUUUCAUCGGAUGACAAGUCUCACCCCCAGACCGAGGAGAUAUAUAGGAUGGCAGAAUGGAUAGGUUCAGAGCUGAAGUAUUUGGAGCACGAAGAAGAAGAGAGCGAGUAUGUGGCAUUAGCGUGUAUAAUAUGAGUUCUUUAAAAAACUUGCCGGAACCUAUUAAGGUGCUGCAAUUGAGAACCGUGCUGAUUUUCUUGGUCACAUUGUGGUUGAUGUUGGUGCUGGUAGUUGCAUUUUGUCAUUAUUUGCAGCUCAGGCCGGUACAAAGCACGUUUAUGUCAUAUAGGCCUCUGAAAUGGCUGAAUAUGCCAGGAAACUUAUUGCUGGAAAUCCAUCACUGAGUAAAAAGUUACUGUAGUCAAAAGAAAGGUUGAAGAGGUAGAAUUACCUGAGAAAGCUGAUAUUUUGAUCUCUGAGCCAAUGUGUACUUGAUUAGUUAAUGAAAGAAUGCUGGAGUCUUAUGGGGGCUUUGGUCCAGUUUUAAGAGCAUAGCACGUACAUGUGUGGGUUAGGCGCACGUCACAGGUUCGAACCCUUCUGCAUACAAAAGUCUGGUAUUUAAGUGGAGUAGUAUAGAAGGGUGGGCUCAUUAUUGGCCGAGUUCUGAACCGUGCACCAUUGACCCGCAAGGAUUUCUCAAGAAUUCUGGAGUCUUGUAUGAUUGCAAGACCAAUUUUUUUGUUCAAAAUCUUUAAUUUGAUUGUAUACGGCUUGUAUACAGGGUUUUCCAUCAGUAAUAAAAAUUGUUUACCUUAUAAAUUUGUCUUCCUACACUAAUCAAUAUGGAUCCCAAGGGCACUUACAGAGGUCUGUAUGGUUGGCGGCUAGAGGAGCGAUUUUGACUGCCAAAAAUUUGAGUAAGAGGAGGAUCUCCUAUGUUAGUUGGUGUUUCACGUGCACGAAUUUGAGAGGAUGUGGGUCACCUUCUAUUGUGAGAUGAAUCCUGAUUAUGGUGGGAGAUUUUGAGAUGGUUUGGGUUAGUGUGGACCUUGCCGAGCAUAAUGAAGGAUGCUCAAUUCAGCUAGGCAUUUAGAAGGCGGAAGAGAAGACAUAGAGUGCAGGAUAUUGCUCCAUUGGCUUUUAAUGUGAGCUGUACGGAAUGAAAGAGAAAUAAGAGAGCGUUUGAGGCAAGUGAGCUUGAUUUUGUGCAUUUGAAGAACAUUUCUUAUCUUUAAUAUCUCUUUGGUACACCCAUAAGGUUCCUAUUUAAACUGAAGAAUGGGUGUCUUCUGCAGAGAACCAUUUAUUUCUGUACAUUUUGGUAUACUUCUUCUAUACAG